AAUGUUACAUGCUCAUGAACUGUCAGCCGUUGAAGAACAUUUAAGCAGUAAAGCAGAGGCUAUGCUAAAUGGGCAAAUUCCAAAUGGAAACGUUCAAUCACUUCAUAACCCAGAAGUUUUCUUUGUUCGAGCUUCGCCAGUCUCUCCACCACCACCCCCUCCGCCUACUAAAUCAAUACAACGUCGUCCUAGUAUAGGACCCGAAGAAAGGAAAGCUCUGGAAUGCUUCAAUGAAAUCUAUGAAGGUUUUGAUGACAGCGAACCUCCAACACCCGUCCGCAGCAAUAUGAUAACAUUAGCUGAGGUGCAUGAACAACCAAAACAUAGGACAAUAAUAAAUGUAACAGAAUCAGGUGCUUAUGACAAUAUAGCAUAUUCAAGUUAG